UAAUAAUUAAAUAUUAAUCGAAUAUGAUUGGUCGCAUUGAUAAAGCAGACCCGCCCACACUUUCUAAGAAUAUUUAUCUGAACAUACAUAUACCGAAUUUUCAUGAGUUCCAGUUAUCUAUUUCUUACAGUCUUAAUACUUACGCACAACUGGAGUAUACAAAUAUGUGGACUUUUAAUAUUAAUGGACAUCUUUUAUUGGACAACAAAGACAGUGGCGAAAUUAAGAUGAUCAGUAGCAGUAACAAGUUUGGGAUGAUCAAGGUCACCUUAAAAGAGGGAAGAAGUCUCUUUCUGACGCUGAAAAAUUUUGAUUCCACCGAACACGCGAAUUUUGAUAAAAUGUGUCGAACAUCAAGGACAGCGUUUCUACAAUGGGCAAAAAGAGAAAACAUGUGUGUUCAGGAUCUUGCUGCGGUUGCCAGUUCAACAGAAGCCACGGGAAGCAGCAAUGCGGCGAGUGUUUCCAUUGAAAGUAGCUCAUCUCAACAAAACAACACUGCAGAUGAUAACAAUGAUGCAGAUGAUCAAAUAAACACUAAUGAAUCAAAACAGAUUGCUUUUAAAGAUCUGGACACAAAGCUGUUGGGAAGAAACCUACUUGUUCCAAUCUGCAAUUUGAUUGAGCCUGCACCUUUAAGAAAAGUCAGGGAUUUAGACCAAUCCCACGUCAGGGAACUGGAAAAACAACUUAUUGAUACCCCGCAAGUGUUUUCCGUCCUGAUUGGUCACGUCACUGCUGAAGAUGCAUCACUGGAUGUAGUGCAAGUGGAGGGAUUCCCCCACAUUGAGGUUUUGGGAGGAAACCACACGCGGCAAGCCCUUCAAAAUUUGAUGAAAAGGGAAGGAAGUAUUCAGAAGGUGUGCAUUGAUAUUUAUAAGAACCUCACACCAACGGAAGCAAUGCUCCUUGGGCUGAACCACAAUGCCAAACAUGAAUACUCCAAACAGACUUCAUUCGUUGAAAUUGUAAAACUGUUUAGGAAACUGCGGGAAGAGUGUCAAUCUAAAGAAAAAUCAGCCAAAAAAUGCGCACUUAUGUGGAGAGGACAGGCCGCAGUGAUUAUGGGAGUGAAUGUAAGUAAUAUAUAUAAUUCCUACAGAACACAUCUCCACUGCGCAUCAGUAGAUGAUGAAUUGUGGAUUCUAUUAGACGCUUUCUUCCAAUCCUGGAAACUUAAUAAAAUAAGAAAAAAACCAAAGGGCGAAAUAAAAAAACGCAUCUCAUGGCAUGGACGCAGUGUGUAG